UGAUAGUUUGUUAGGAGCUUCCCUCUCACCCGCACAGGGUGGUGGGGAGUUAUGAUUCUCAGCUUCUGCCUCUGAAUCAGACGUUGCUGCAGUUUUAGUGCUUCGCUGCAUUCCGUGUUCUAAGAAUGCCGAACCAGCCGCUUCAUGCUUGUGCUGCUUGCAAGUCGCUAAGGAAGAAGUGCACUCCACAGUGCGUAUUUUCUCCAUACUUCCCUCCGAACGAGACAGAGAAGUGGACGACAGUUCACCGUACAUUCGGUGCAAGCAACAUAUCGAAGAUAUUAACGACCGUACCGCCAGGGAAGCGAACAGCGGCAGCAAACAGUCUAAUAUUUGAAGCAGAAGCACGCUUGGCUGAUCCUGUCUACGGUACUUUGCAAGUUAUUCAUCGACUGGGGAACAGACUUUCUAGCCUGCAUAAGGAGCUGCAAGCAGUCAGAGCUGAAAACGAAGAGCUACGUCAGAAGAACGGUCAAGUCUGUGCGUUAAUGGGAAUUCCACCCAACUAUUCUUUCGCCUCCGAAGGCGAGCAAACCGUUCAGGAGAUGGCUUCGUCUUCCUCUCCUCCGUCAGCGAUAAUUGAGGACGCUGCUGCCUUACUCAAGCAUGAAGCCGCCUGAAGUCGUCUUAAUGAUGACGUGGAAAGUAAGUUAUACUUCUGAGCAACGUCCGAAGGAAUAAGCUCUUGUAAAUAUCUAAUAUAUGCAGCAACCAGAGCUCGCCAUGCAUAUGGAUCAUCGCCGGAGGACACAGCGUAGACCCAUACCUUAUUGUACCUAGUUACCUUUCAUGGAGCAGUUUGUUGCUGGCGUGGAGAUACAGAUGGUUCUGGAGUGAGCUCGGCUAUGAUUCCGUUGCCAGCAGAUAAAAGAUAGCUGGUUCACUGGAAAUGAUUUUUUUCUGUUUCACAGCAUAGCACAGCACCCUUUGGUUCCUUGACGUAUCCUACUGCUUA